UUCAUUUCCCAGACUUAGCACAAUCUCAUCCGCUCUAAACAACCUCAUCAAAACUACUUUCUGGUCAGAGAGAAGCAAUAAUUAUUAUUAACAUUUAUUAACGAUCAAUAAACUUGAUUGCAUUAUGGCCAGCACUAUUAAGGAAGCAUUAUCAGUUGUGAGUGAGGACCAGUCGUUGUUUGAGUGCGCCUACGGGACGCCACACCUGGCUAAGACGGAGAUGACCGCGUCCUCCUCCAGCGACUAUGGACAGACUUCCAAGAUGAGCCCACGUGUCCCUCAGCAGGACUGGCUGUCCCAACCCCCAGCCAGGGUCACCAUCAAAAUGGAAUGUAACCCGAGCCAGGUGAACGGCUCAAGGAACUCCCCCGAUGAAUGCGGCAUGACCAAAGGCGGGAAGAUGGUGGGCAGCCCAGACACCGUGGGGAUGAACUACAGCAGCUACAUGGAGGAGAAGCACAUGCCACCCCCAAACAUGACCACCAACGAACGCAGAGUCAUCGUUCCAGCAGAUCCCACGCUGUGGAGUACAGACCACGUCCGGCAGUGGCUGGAGUGGGCGGUGAAGGAGUAUGGCCUUCCAGAUGUCGACAUCUUAUUAUUCCAGAACAUUGAUGGGAAGGAGCUGUGCAAGAUGAGCAAGGACGACUUCCAGAGGCUCACGCCCAGCUACAACGCCGAGGUCCUGCUGUCGCACCUCCACUACCUCAGAGAGACUCCUCUUCCACAUUUGACUUCAGAUGAUGUUGAUAAAGCCUUACAAAACUCUCCACGGUUAAUGCAUGCUAGAAACACAGGGGGUGCAGCUUUUAUUUUUCCAAAUACUUCAGUAUAUCCUGAAGCUACGCAAAGAAUCACAACUAGGCCAGAUUUACCAUAUGAGCCCCCCAGGAGAUCAGCCUGGACCGGUCACGGCCACCCCACCCCCCAGUCAAAAGCUGCUCAACCAUCUCCUUCCACAGUGCCCAAAACUGAAGACCAGCGUCCUCAGUUAGAUCCUUACCAGAUUCUCGGACCCACAAGUAGCCGCCUUGCAAAUCCAGGGAGCGGCCAGAUCCAGCUCUGGCAGUUUCUUCUGGAGCUCCUGUCUGACAGCUCCAACUCCAACUGCAUCACCUGGGAGGGCACCAAUGGGGAGUUCAAGAUGACAGACCCCGACGAGGUUGCUCGGCGCUGGGGAGAGCGGAAAAGCAAACCCAACAUGAACUACGAUAAGCUCAGCCGGGCCCUUCGUUACUACUACGACAAAAACAUCAUGACCAAGGUCCACGGCAAGCGCUACGCCUACAAGUUCGACUUCCACGGGAUCGCCCAGGCCCUCCAGCCACACCCUCCAGAGUCGUCGCUGUACAAGUACCCCUCGGACCUCCCAUACAUGGGCUCCUACCACGCCCACCCGCAGAAGAUGAACUUUGUGGCUCCCCACCCCCCGGCCCUCCCCGUGACAUCUUCCAGUUUCUUUGCUGCCCCAAACCCCUACUGGAAUUCACCCACUGGGGGGAUAUACCCCAACACGAGGCUGCCUGCUGGCCACAUGCCUUCUCAUCUGGGCAGUUACUACUAAAGACCCGACAGAGGCCUUUCCCAACAACGUACAGUCACCAAUAAAUCACCACAAACUCUAUUGGAGAACAUGAUCAAAAGUGCCUCAAGAGGAAUGAAAAAGCUUUACUGGGGCUAGGGAAGGAAGCCAGGGGAGAGAGCCAAAGACUCCUGAAGUGUUAUUACUACCAAGAUAAGGAGGACGCUGCAACGUAAAGUAUACGGACAUGUAAUCUGUGGCAGCCCUCGUCACAGACACUUUGUAUGUAGAAGCCAAAAGUCACAAGGACAGAGAGCCAAAGAAAGUGGUCUUAGGAACUGUACAGACUUUACUAAGAGUUUAGGAUCCUGCUGAUGCCAACUGGGAUUAAACUAAAGCAAUAGAAAGAGCACAGAAGUGACCUAACACGCCAUUUAUAAUGUCAUUUUAAGGAAAACUACCUGUAUUUAAAGAUAGAAACAUAUCAGAAACAAACAAAGAAAACAAGAAAGAUAGAAAGAAAAGACAUGAGAGACCACAGCCCAGCAGCAGACGUCAGUAGGGAGCUCAGCAGAGUUGGCUGUUUGGGUUGAAAUGAGAUACACCGUCUGAAGCAGGGCUCUCGGCUCUCUCCAGCUGUGAAGACGACCCAGAGUUUGCAGCUCCUUUACAGUAUUACCAGACUAUGAGCCAAAUGGCGGGCCGAGAAUGUGUGCAGACAGAGCGUGUGAUGGUAGGCAGAGGGUUGGAGGAGGAGGAGGCGGUGCAGGCUGGGGAAGAAACGUCUCAAGCAGUAGAGACUGGACUUGAGGACAUUUGGGGAGUGUGGAGAAUGAGUUACGGAGACUCGCGGGUUUGUGUGGUCAGUGUUACGGCAACCCCAGUGUCGUGAGAAAGGACACAGAAUAAUGGAGAGAGGGGAAGUAGUCAAAGUCAGCAGGAAAAAUGAGCAUCUCUCUUUUUUGUUUUUUAUCAAAAGAAAAUGUUAACUGGAAUUGUCUGAUAUUUAAAAGAAACAUUCAGGACCUCAUCAUUCUGCGGGGGCUUCGGUCUCCCCAGGGUCAGGUAAGGGAUGGCCUCCUGGGCCACCACAGUCAGAAAUCACGUAGGCAGGCUCCAGUUUCCUUUCGAGUCGCGAACGCUGUGCGUUUGUCAGAAUGAAGUAUACAAGUCCAUUUUUUUCCUUUUUAUAUAAUAAUUAUAUAACUUAUGCAUUUAUACACUACGAGUUGAUCUCGGCCAGCCAAAGACAAGACAAAAGAGACAAUCAGUGAUACAAUGUGGCCUUGAAUUUUAACUCUGUAUGCUUAAUGUUUACAAUAUGACGUUCCUAGUUCUUAGAAUGCAGAAUGUAUGUAAUAAAAUAAGCUUGGCCUAGCAUGGCAAAUCAGAUUUACACAGACGUCUGCAUUUGCACUUUUUUAGUGACUAAAGUUGCCUAAUGGAAA